AUGAUGAGUUUGUUUGGAUCUCCCAAGUUGUUUGGGUUUUCACAACCGACGACAAGCGCUGUUAGUGCAGCUCCAACUCUUGGUUUUGGAUUACAGCCACCACUCGCCAGUACAACAACACCGUUUGGAGGCUUUGGUUUGGGGUCUACUGUUUCAACUAUGAGUUCAGGAUUAUUUCAAGCGCCAGCGGCAAAAACAACCAAUACAACCUUUCCUGGAUUCGGACAAAAUACAACUCCUUUUCAAGGGUUUAACCUAAACACUCCGAAAACAUCCACUGGGUUGUUUGGUUCUACUUUUUCUGCUCCCACCACCAGUACUCAACCGGGUUUAAAUCUAUUUGGAGCUCAGUUUAGUCAACAAGCAUCUCAGAAUACUGGAUUUAGCUUCACACAACCGACUCAAAGCUUGUUCAACACCCCAAAAACGCAGGGUUUCGGUUUUGAUCAAAGUCUUCCUGUAGCUGCCCAGCAGCAGCAACAACAACAGCUACAAGUUGCACAACAGAAUACAGUCGAUGCUUUUUUUGCUUCUCUAUCUCAACCUAUGUUGUUUGGUGAUGAACGUGAUUCAGUCAUAGCUCGUUGGAAUCAACUACAAGCAAUGUGGGGUACUGGUAUUGGUUACAGUGCUGUGGGUAUAGUGAGUUAUACAUCAGAGAAUACAUUUGCUCGAUUAAAAUCUAUUGGAUACAAUGUUUUGCCUACAAGCACAGAUGCUGAUGGACUUGUUUGUUUAUAUAUUGGUCGUCCAUUCUCUGAAGUUACAAAUCAACGUCAAGCUGUACAAGAUAUUUUAUUUAGACUAUUAGGUGGUCGUCCUAAUUUACAACUGGUGGUGGAAGAAAUUCGUCCAUGUGCUGAAGCUGAAGAUAGUACUGAGGUCAUAUUGAAAGUCGUGGAACGAUUAGCUACUGGUACAACAUCGACUAUAUCUGCCAGUGAGCUUGCAAAGUAUUUAUCAAGCCCAUCAGUUGGGCCGCAACUUCAAUCACAAUUAUGUGUGAACCGUUUAAUUCCGGAAAUAUCUCCGUCUGCUGCACAGAUAGUCGCAUAUAAUGAGAAUCCACCAGCUGGUUUUGACAGACUAAUAUGGCAACAGGCCUGUCUCGACAAUCCACAUCCUGAUCGUAUGAUUCCAGUUCCAUUUAUUGGAUUUUCUGACUUGAAGCGACGUAAAUGUGAUCAACUUGCUUACGGUGAACAACAGAGCAGUAUGAUUAAGUAUAUCACUGAAUUAGUGUCUAAGCUACGCACUGGUCAACUUGGUAUGUCACAACGACUUAUUCAAUUAAAACGCAAACAAAUUGAAUUAAGUCAUAGAGUGUUGAAAGUUCUCAAGAACCAAGAAGUGCAUAGACGAUGUGGAUUUGCUAUAAGUGUAGAAGAAGAGGGAAUGCGUUGUGAACUUGAAAGAAUUUGGUCGGAACUUGUCGCUCCAAGAGGUUUACGUAUUCGAUUUCAAGAAGCAUUGUCUACACUUCGUAAUUCUUCUGAGUUUAACAAAAGAGAUAAAGAAAAUAUUGGAUCGGUUUAUAAAAGUGUUCAUCCAUUAGAAUCUGGAGAUGGUUAUCCGUCAACUUGGAGUUUAGAUCCGGAUUCGUUAAAUGAACUGAAAGAGUAUUUAACUCAACGUCAUAAUGGUAUUCGUGAAAUGCAACGACUUAUCACUGAAAUGACAAACAAUUUGAAAGUUAUGGAAGAUAAUCCAAUAACUAAUAUUAAUCCAUCUGUACAUAAAUCACCAUUUGUAAACUCUCCUCCGAUUGGUGGGAUGCACAAGGUGUCGUUCGCAGUUAAUUCUCGUAUUGUUCAUUGA